CCCUGCCCGGUGGCGCAAGGAGCGCUGGCACGGCUGGGCACGGUUUGGCACAGCUCGCGGGGGCGCUUGGCACGCUCGGGGGCGGUUUGGCACGCCGCGAGGGGCGCAGGAUUUGGCACGGUUCGGCUCGGCGCAGCGUGGGUUGUUGGCACGGCUCGGCUCGGAGCCCGUCACUCGUGGGCCAGCCGUCACCACGCCCGGGAGGGGAGCGGGUGACGCGAGGCCGCCGUCUGGUCCCCACCCUGUCCCCCAGGACGUCCCCCCGCGUCCCCCCGGCAGCCCUGACUCAUCGCCUCCUGCCCAAAACUGCGGCGCCGGGAGCUCGGCGCUGUCCCCACGCCACCGGGAUGUGGGAGUCCCCUCUGCACAGACCCCCCUGCCACCCUCCCAGCUGUCCCCGGUGUCCCUGAGCCACCGCUGGUGGUCCCCAUGCAGUGUCCCCCCCCCAAACCCAAGAUCUCUCCAUCCCGCCACCGGCACGGUGACAGUCACAGCACAGGUGCCACCACCCUGCGUUGUCCUGCUGGGAUCGGGGUCACCGUGUCCAUGUGUGCCACCACCCCUGGACUUGGUGCCACCACCCCCAAGCUCAGUGCCACCACCCCCCAGGCUCGGUGUCCCCCAUCCCACGUCCCUGCAGGGGAAACGUGAUGGGCACGAUGCUCCCUGCCCUCCAGCGUGACCCCAGGAGGAGCCCCCCCAGCCAGCAGCCGGCCCUGGGGAGCUCCUGCGCCUUUAAACCCUAAUUGGGACCAUGCCUUUAAAAUGCCCCAUGGGCCCCCACCCCUCUCACCCUGCUGGACCAGGCUGGUGAGGAGCAGGUGGGCUGAGCAAGCUGGUCCUCCCCACCCACCCCGCCGCACCCCUCUCCCUUUUGCCCCCCUCCCUGGCACUUUUAAGCCCCCUCCUUCUUUAGCCAGGCUCUUGUCCAGCUGGCUUUGCCCCCCCUGUUUUGGGGGACUGGGUUUUAGUCCUGAUCUUGCACUCCUUUUUGCAGAGCCCUCCCUUUUCUUUUUUCUCUUCGUGCCCAGCCGAAGCAGUCGGCAUGGGCUCCGCGGCGUGACAGCACCCUGGGACCUCCUUCUGCUGGUGCCCGUGCCCAGCUUCGCCCUUUUCUUUCUUUUUUUUUGGGGGGACACACAAAGCAUGACCGCAGGCCUCCCUUAAUCCUGCUGCCACCUCACCCCCUCUUGCCCACCAUGGCUUCGCUCCGGCCCUUCACCACCACCCUCCUCCUCCUCCUCCUCCUCGCCGUGCCGCUCUCCCAGGCUGCCAGCCAGCCCCCCCCGUUGCCCCUCCUGCAAGCGCUGCGGGCGCAAGCACCGGGCAGCUGGAGCUGGCGGGGGGGCCCUGCGAGCGGGCCCCCUCUGCGGUACAUGCUGGAGCUGUACCGGCGUGCCGCCAACCGCGAGGGCCGGCCACGGCGCGGCCGCAGCCCAGGCACCAACACCGUCCGCUUGGUGCGGGCAGCUUCCCACGGGGGACAGCCCUGGGCAGGUCGCUGGUACGUGCAGCCCCUCACCUACCGCCUGGGCGGCCAACCCGAAGCCGAGCACCUUCUCCGCGCCACCGUGGUCUACCCGCAGAGCCUGCCGCUGCCCCGUGGCCGGCUCCUGUGCGCCCUGGAGCUGGUGGCCACCGCUGAAGCCCCCCCGGUGCUGCUCAGCCCCACCACCGCCCCACCGCGGCGCGGCUGGACCGAAGCGGACGUCACCCCCUACUUGUCCCCGGGGAACGGCAGCGCCGAGGGGACGCUGACCCUGCGGCACGUCUGCGUGCGAGCCGGCCGCGCCGCCGCCCCGCCAGCCCCACCGUCCCCCGCGGACCCCUUCCUCCUCCUCUUCCUCAACGACACUCGCAGCGGGACGCUGCCGGAGCCGCGGAGGAGCCGGCGAGACGCGGGGAUGUUGCUCCACGACCUGCCCGGCUACCUGCGGGAAGCCGGAGGAGAGAAAAGUGACUGCUCCCUGCGCUCCUUCCCCGUCAGCUUCGCCCAGCUGGGUUGGGACCAUUGGAUCAUCGCUCCCCACCGCUACAACCCGCGCUACUGCAAGGGCGCCUGCCCGCGGCUCCUCCGCGAUGGCUACCACGCGCCCAACCACGCCGUGGUGCAGAACUUGGUCCACCAGCUGGUGGACGCCACCGUCCCCAGGCCCUCCUGCGUCCCCUACCGCUACAGCCCCAUCAGCGUCCUGAUGAUCCAGCACGACGGGGGCAUCCUCUACAAGGAGUACGAGAACAUGAUCGCAGAGUCCUGCACCUGCCGGUAACCCACACGUCCAGAACUGGAUUUUUUUGGUGGUGUUUUUCUUUUUUUUCUUUGUUAUUUUCCUUGGGAGGGGUUCGUCUCCGCCCUGGCGCGAUGCUUUGCGGGAAAAGUUUUACAGUUUUAUGGAAGAAGAAGGAAAAAAAAAAAAAGGAAACACAAAACGUAGGUUUUUAAAGGCGGGAACCUGCCCCACAGCAUCCCUCCGUCCCGCAGCCGCUGCCUGUUUUGGGGACUGGAGCACGAAGCUGGUGGAGAGGGGUGUCCCCGUGCUGCCACCCCACGCCGGCAGCACCCACGGGACUCCGUCCUGCGCACCCCAAGCCGUCUUGUCCCAGCUCUGGGAAUUUUGGGGGGGCUCCCCCCCCCCUCGCAGCCCCCCUGGCUUUGCUCGGGGGGGCUAUGGAAACUGGUGGGACACGGGGAUGGCGGUGCCACCUCUGUUGCGGUCUCCCUUUGCUGUCCCGCGUGGGCUGGGCUCUGCUCCGGGUCUGUCCCUGUCUCUGGAGGUGCCGGUGCCCCCCCCAGGCUCACACAGCCUGGCUUUCCUCUAUUUAUUGCUGACUGUAAUUAAAUAAACUGCUGGAUUUUGCUAAAGAC